AUGGCAUCCUAUUUAGCACAAGAAGUUCAACUUGCUAAAAGACAUGAAGAAAUGUAAGUAUUUAUUUCAGACAAAAUCCUGCCUCUUAGGAGUUAGGAGAAAGAAAAAAAACACCACAAAGUUUGACACGUGUGGCUAAGAAUCUGAAAUAAUUUCCUAGGCUUUUUUUACAUUUAUACCAGUUUGUGAUCUUAUUUACCAGGCUAAGUGUAACUGGGCUUUUUUCUGUAUGAAAGACUUUUGCUACUAUGUAAAUACUCCAGAAAAAGUAACCUGUCUCUUAGACCAGUAUCAUUUUUCCCCAACUGAGCUUCUUGGAAGUUGUAACAAUAGAAAACUAAAAAGAUUGCCUCAAGGGGGUGCUGUGAUGCCAGUGCUGCUCCUCUGAUGAAAAAUGCUAAGUGAAAGCCUGACUAUUAAUAUUGAAUAUUCUACUUAAAUUCUAGCUAAACCUGAGCAAUUGGAUUCAGCCUUCUUAAAUUCAGUCUGAGGCCUCAUUUCUGUCCAGUAUUUUUUCUUCAUAUUGAAACUAAAAUUUCAGCAUAUAUAUAUCACUAAAACAUAAAACAUUUAUGUUUGAAUUAAUAACAAUGUUUUACUAUGCUUUGAAUAAUUAAGUUCUUUCAUUCAAAAAGUAAAAUGUAAAAUUGUGAAUUGUAAUGCUUUUUAAAAUUGUGACCAAAAAAAAAUCUUCCAGCUCCACCUUCCAGCUGCUCUGAUGUGAAUCAAAAGGUGCUGUGGGCCAAGGUGCUAGGUACAGAUUAUUCAGGUGUGGCAUUUGCUGAACCUAGGUUAAGACAAUGUGAUAUUAAUUAAGGUGACAUUCCUUACUGGGGAGUUUCCCUAUUUCCAGUGUUUCUGGAUCUGAUGGCAUCUUUAUUUCAAUGACUGAUGCAUCAGAGAGGCUGUGAUCAUCUGAAUUGAAGUGCUUUUUAACCGAUUGUGGAUUUAUGGUUCCAAAAACGUGCUUAGACCCAUUGUUAUUUUACACAAGUACUGAACAUGACAACCUGGUUGCAGCUAGUGGUGUAAAUUACAUUAUAGGACCUUCAAAUGAUAUUUUAUUUGAUAUAAGUUUCUGCUAGUCAUUCUGGUCUUGAAGGUAACCUAAGAAGGGAGAGCAACUGAAGAAGGCAGAAACAGUUUGCUUUAAAACUUUAGUAUCUCCGUUUUGUUAGUAACUAACUUCUUGUUUGACCCUCGUAUGUUAAUUUAAUGCCUAUUUGCUCAGUUUGGAAAGAUCUUUUUGGAGCUCUUCACAUUCCUGUUUUGUUUUCAGCACCCUCAGUAAUUUGGUAUGUCUGUAAACUUUACCAGCUCACUGCUUGCUUCUAAGUUCAGAUCAUUUAUGAACAAGCUAUAAAGCACAGUUCUCAGUAAUGAUCCUUGGGGGUCUCACUAUUCACAUCCCUCCAUUGUGAGAAAUGGCAAUUUAUUCCUGAUCUCUGCUUCCUCUUAUUUAACCAGCUGUUGAUCCAUCCCCUUAUCCUGUGACUAGUAAGUUUACAGAGGAGCCUUUGGUUGAAGGACAAUCAAAAAUAUUAUUGGAAGAUUAAAUAUAUAAUGUAUUCUAGAUAACCCUUAUAUAUGUGCUUUGCAACACUCUCAAAGAACUCCAAAAGUCUAGUCAAGCCAUUUUUUUAGAAGCUAUGCUGGUUCUCCUCAACAAGACUUAUUCUUCUAUAUGAGUAAUCAUUUUGUCUUUAAAAAAGCAACCCCAUAUAACAGGCAUCCCCAAACUGGGCCCUCCAGCUGUUUUGGGACUACAACUCCCAUCAUCCCUGACCACUGGUCCUGUUAGCUAGGGAUGAUGGGAGUUGUAGUCCCAAAACAGCUGGAGGGCCCAGUUUGGGGAUGCCUGCCAUAUAAUAUAGCAGAACUUCUGUUUCUGUGGUAUAAGAAUCACUGACAAGCUUGACACUGCCUCAUUGUGUGCUUCAGCAGCUGAAAUGGCAAGGAGAAUUUAGGGAAGGGUAAAAAGAGUAUAAAAGUUGUCAUAAGCUUAGUACCAAAAUCUGUGAAAACUCUUAUGUGCAUUUCUGACUAUCACUUCUCAGAGAGGAAAAAGCAAAUCUUGCAAAGUACAACAAGGGCAAUACAAAUAGUGGUGGGUGUAAUAAGAAGUGGAGACUUAAUAGGACUAGACUGAAUUAAUUAAGAAAAGAAAUAAUCACUGAGGCAAUGUUAUUUGACAUAUGGAGUCUUAGAAUGGUUUGCAGGAAAUUGAAUGUAAGUGAUAUUUACUGAUAUUUUUCUUCUUCAGAAGAAAUACUUUCUGAGCUUUAGGGCAGCGGUGGAGGGCCUGUGGAUCUCCACAUAUUAGAUUCCAUCAGCUCCAGCCACCAUGGCCAAUGGUCAAGGAUUAUGGGAGGUGUUGUCCAGCAACAUGUAAAGCACUACCGGUUCCAACUCCUGCUUUAGGAGGGGGACCACAGCUCAGCUGUAGAGCUCAUGCUUUGAAUGAAGAAAAUUCUAGGUUCAAUCCUGGUAUCAACAGCUGAAAAAAUGGAUAAUGUAGCAGGUAAAGGGAGUGAGAGACCUCUGCUUAAGACCCUACCACCAUGACGUUCUGAAAGAUUUACACUUUCAUCCUUAUGAUGAUGUGUAAUCCCAAAGCAGAUGCAUCACAGCUUUUGUUGGCUUUCCCCAGCAAAGUAUUUCUAAAGCUGCUUUGCAACCUUUUUGAUAGGCUCCAAAAUCUGCUUCCAUUCUGGUUCAAGAGGGGCCUGUCUCUUUUUGUACAAAUGUGGCUUACCCCAAAAGUUCUACAAUGCACAAACAAUCUAAAGCAUUCCUCUCAUCAGCCACUUUAACCAUGCAUUGAGACCCCACAACCCUGUCUGCAGGCCCAGCAUAUAAAUCAGGUAGCAUUCUACCAUGCAUGAUGUUUGCAACCUUCACACCAGGCAGGCAUACACCAUACCAUCAUCAAGUUUGUCACCAAUCCAUUUCUCUCUGUUCCUGAUCAUCAAAUCUUCCACUACUGGUUGCUCUGUGGGAGAUUAUAGCCAAGGAUGCAGAAUUAUCCUUAUCCGUAGGUAGGGAAAAAACAGCCAGAGAGCCUUUGAUCUGAAGCCUAUUGAUUAGUUUGGGAUGUAGAAAGAACCUUAUUGUACAGUUGGAAAUGAGGUGGAACUUUGGGGGGAAAACUUUGUAGAAGGGAAUACAGUGGUAUCUCGGCUUAAGUACUUAAUUCGUUCCGGAGGUCCGUUCUUAACCUGAAACUGUUCUUAACCUGAAGCACCACUUUCGCCUAUGGGGCCUCCUGCUGCCUCCACGCCACCGGAGCACAGUUUCUGUUCUCAUCCUGAAGCAAAGUUCUUAAUCCGAGGUACUAUUUCUGGGUUAGCGGAGUCUGAAACCUGAAGCGUAUGUAACCUGAAGCGUAUGUAACCCAGGGUACCACUGUAUUGAAAAGAUCAUCUAUUUCAGGAAAAGCAUACCUGAUUAUUUACAAAUCUUGAUUCUGAGGAAGAUAAAUGGAUAUUCCUUUAAAUGACAGCCUUUUGCAUAUGAGCAUGGGCUAUGUACAAUAGCAGAACCCAGUUAACCCAUAUUAUUACUAAUGGUACAGUUAGUUAUUAUUCCUAACUCUGCUUUACACACGUCUCUUCGGUGGUGUUCAGUGCUGGGUGUCUCAUUUGUUCACAGAGCCUGCUUGUUGUACAACAUGAUGGUUGCUUUCUCCACAGGAGCACAUCACGUAAGGGACUUCCUGUGCUUUUCCCCCUCCUUCAGUGCACCCACGCUGUAUUCAACAUAAUUGGAGAAGAAAUGGGUGAGGGUAAAAGGUGGCUGUUUUUCUUGCUGUUGUGCAGAAAGAAUGGUCUGCCCACUUAUCAGAAUGUUUCCCUUUUGUAGACUGUCUCAGAGAAUGGUGUUGCUUCAGCAGAUGGAGAGUCAUUUAGGAGACAAAGAAGCUGAGAAGACAUGGCAAAUACAAGAAGCUGAUGCAGCUCGUAAAAGAAAUGUAGCACUUUUAAAUGUAAGUUUUCAUCACUUUUAACCGGUAACUGAAUAGUGAAAUUUCCAUAUGGCAUUUAAAAGACAGUGUUUUCCACUGUGUUGAUUCCAUUAAAUUUUAUUACAUUUAUAUCCCACCUUUCCCUCCAAGGAGCUCAAGGUGGCAUGCAUUGUUCUCCACUCCAGUGACAGUGACUGCUUCAGGGUCACCCAGCAUGCUUCCUGGCUGAGCAUUUGAACCCUGGUCUCCCAGGUCCUAGUCAUUACUCUAGCUACUACACCACACUGGCUUUCAGAUACUGAUAAAUUUGUUCAGGACCAUAUGCAGAAGGAAGCAGAGGUGCUUAACACUGAAGUGUAAUGAGCUAUUCUUUACACUGUUCAUUUCAAAGUCCUGAACAGCUUGGGACUCAAAUACCUGCAGCAACCUGCCCAAGGCUUAAGAUGUUCAGAGGAGGCUCUUCUCCAUGUCCAGGGGAAGUUAAUUAUGUAGCAACAAAGGAGGAAAAAAAUACUCUUUCUCUUUGGUGGCACUUCAUCUUUGGAAUUUCCUCCCUGUCCCUGCUAGCAAUGUUACAAUCAUUUCGGUGUUGUGUCAAAACUUAUUUAUUUGUCCAGGCAUUUUAAAGCUGAUUUACUGUUCGUCUUCUUGCUUGUUUUAGCUCUGUCUGCAUGCUUCUAAUUGUGGUGUUUUAUUUACUUUUGGCGUUAUUUCUUGUUCUGUCUCUCCAAUCCAUCUGAAGCAGGAGUGGCUGUGCAGGUGCUUUGCCAGUGACUAGAAGCAGUGAUUAGCUAGAUGAGGAUCAGUGAAAAGGAUUCAGUGAACCUGAAUUCUGAUAAGUCCAUGGAGUGAGAUUGGGAGAGGAGAGCCUACUCAUGAUCCCACCAGUGAGCAUAAUAGGGCAGGGAGUGUCAUUUAUUUGUUUGUUUAUUUCACAAAAUUCAUUUACCACUAGAUUGUAAGGGGGAAAUAUACAUAACCUUUUGGUGACCAGACUGUGGUCAUGGUUGUAAAAAAAACCAAACCACCUCUGCCUAAAGCUGAAACACAGGUGGUGAAUGACUAGGUUUGUCUAUAACAAAAGUGUGUGUUUAGGUUAAUAUUCCUUUUUCCAGGAUGUUGGCUUUGGGUCUUCAUUAAACUUAAUUGAAAUAAUUGAUAUAAUCAGUAAUGUCGCAAACGCUUUUUAAAAUUAACUCUCAUCCCAAUUACUGCAACCUUCUCUCUAGUCUUCCAUUGCCCUACCUCAGUCCCCUAACCAAUAUCCAGUAUUCUGCAGCCACAACUAUUCACCUCUGUUGUUGCUCUGAUUAUAUGGGCCUGUUCUUUCUCCCUUGCUUCUCCUUUGUCUCCUAGAAUAUGUGAUGCCAUAUUGAUUAAUUGAUUUGUAAGCUUCUUAGAGCAAAAGGUCUGCCUUGACAUACCCACACGGAACAAAAUGAUGCCCAAAUAUCUAUUUAAAGAUCAAAUGAAGAUGUGUGAGUGGAGGCAAAUGUUCAGAUGUUUAGAAUUCCAUUUGUCAUCUCAACUACCCUCUGCUGAAUAUAAAUGGAGAGAGAGAGAAAGAGAGAGAGAGAGAAAAUGGGGUGUGUGGGUGUGUGGGUGUGGGUGUGUAAUGCAGUACCACUUUUUAAUAUUCUGGGUCUUGUAAUUGUUUAUGGUUUUGUUUCUUGGGUCUCUUACUGUUGUUUUUCUUUAUCCUUCCAAGAUAGCUAAGACUGAUCCAGAAUGUGGAAAAAUAAUUUCUGGUUUCUUGACUCUCACCCAAAGAUAAAGGAUAAUUUAAAGCGAUCUAUUUGUGCUAUGCUGAGAUAAUCUGGUCUCAGGUUCAUUUGGUUCUCAGCAUAGUCCUUAGCCCUCAAAUGCUUACCAGCAUGUUGGUUAAGAUCAGGUAUUUUUUAUUCUUCCUAUCAGUAUGACAACUAAGGUGUUUAUGGAGGGAAUGAUUAUAUAUUGGGAGGGUGGGAACCCUGUGAGAUGCAGGGGUAGAAACCAUGUGCACAGGAACACAUCCCUCCCCACCAAAAGGCAGGUUCCCUGUUGACAGUGUGGUCCAAAGUGUGGUCCUUUAUGUGUUUCUCCUUUUGAGAACAAAGAUGGAGUCUAGAGUGAAACAGUCUCAGAAGUUGGAUGUCACCAUUUUAUUUGUCACAAAAGUCUUCUGCUUCUUCUAGCAGUAAUUUUAGCUUGCAAUGUCUGAAGCAUUUAACAGUGAGGUGCAGAAAUACUGUGUCUGCUCCAGGCUACGAAGACUUAUCUACUCACUCUCAUACAGAACAUUCUGCAAAGCUAAAUCAGUCCUCUGGGCACUUCUGCAGUCCUUCUGAGGAAGGUGAUAUGAGCUCAUGAUAUUUCUUUCGCACUUGCUUGCCCAUUCCAGCAAAGGCCAUCUCCACAAAUUUUAUGACAAAACAUUGCUCUAGGAGUGAGCCAAGACAUGAGAAAUCUUACCGUCUCUUUCUUAGUCUGGCUCAAAUUCAGCAGGUUCGACUGUCUCUAAGGAAACCAUUUCCAACUGGCUGGUUGCUGACUCUUCCCUUUAGGCAAGCAUAAACACAAGAUUGCUUUUAGAUAUAAAGGAUUUUUCUUCUGUUGUGAAAUAGCUUAUAGUUUCUUUUUCAAAGAAAUAGCUAGUCCAGUGACUGUAGCCCAUCAUGUCUUUGUUAACCACUAUGGUUAUAUUGGGCCUAGCAACUUUCCUAACUCCUCCUUGUGAUGCCCCUGAUUUUGUAGGGCAUUUCUUUCCCAUCCCCCACUUAAAAGAAAUAUGUACUUGCUUUAUCUCUCACAGACAUACAUAUAUAUUUGCAACGAUACCUUAACAUUCACCUGGUUGCUCUUCUAGUGCAUGUUGUGCUGUCAUGUUUUGUGACAGUGUGUCUUUGUUUUACUUUUCUAGAGACAUCCCUGGGGCAGUACAGUCUCAAAAGAGUGGGGAUGUGUCACCUCUUUCUUUGGGAAAUGGGAAAUUACUUCCCUUUAAUUGCUUUGUUCUAAACAUGUUAUGACAGAUCACCCACUCAUCCACUCUGCUCUUUUUGGAGCUGAGGGUUCUGUAACCUUCUUGUGCAUAUUUUCAGUUCAGUGCCUAUGAAAUUAUUUCUGUCAGGAGCAGGAAGGGAAAUUUGCACAUGAUGGGACUCCUAGUUCUUCACAAGAACUGGCAUUUGGCUACAUUUUGAUAGAAUGAGCAGUUUAGAGCUUGGAGAAGUCCCAAUAUGAUAUUUUAAAAGAAAAAAUAGGAGAAGAUGAAGGUUUGUUUGGGGUGGGGAAGGCUUGCCAUGGACGACCAUCUGUGGCAGACCAUAUAGCACAUAAAGCUAAGUAUAUCAGAUGCACAAAGACAUCAUAAAACAAUGACCACUCACCUCAUGUGUACCAAUAUAUAGAUGUCUGCUCUAUUUCUACAUCUGAUAUAUAUAGAAGGCCACCCUAUGGGUAGAUCAGGAUAUAUAUGCUACUUCAACAAUGUGAAGCAGGGACCAAUGAUGAAUUUGCUGCUCUGUGAUGAAUACCAGGUUGAUCCUAUAGCUCAGGGGUAGGCAACCUAAGGCCCGGGGGCCGAAUGCGGCCCAAUCGCCUUCUCAAUCCGGCCCGCAGACUGUCCGGGAAUCAGCGUGUUUUUACAUGAGUAGAAUGUGUCCUUUUAUUUAAAAUGCAUCUCUGGGUUAUUUGUGGGGCAUAGGAAUUUGUUCAUUUCCCCCCCCCAAAAAAAAUAUAGUCCAGCCCACCACAUGGUCUGAGGGAUGGUGGACCGGCCCACGGCUGAAAAAGGUUGUUGACCCCUGCUAUUGUUUAUAUAUUUUGCAUUCCACAUUGGUGAGGAAAGAACACACAUAAUGCAACUUGCUGAAACCAUGCACAUAUUUCAAAAAAAGUUUUACAUAUAACAAUUCCUAUGUAACUGACAUUUUUGGGGACGGUGAUAGCCAGUGUUAGUCAUACUCAGAGUAGACCCAUUGAAAUAAAUGGACGUGUUCAUUAAUUUUGGUGGGUUUACUUUGAAUACGAUUUAGUUGAAUAUCACCCUAUAUAUGUAUUUUUAGCCCCCAGGUAUACAGAUGAAAACAGUUGCUUACAGUGAGAUGAUAAUAGUAGUCUGUUGAUACCUGUAGGUAAAAUAUUAUAAGCUCUUUUACGUUAGUGCAGAAUAUUCGCUGUUUACCAUCACAGUGCGCUGAAUAAUUUCUCUCAAGUGUCAAAAAUGUUAGAACAUUUGAGGAAGCAAUAAAAGCAUAUGUAUGACCAUCAAAACAAAUUGUCUGGCAGGAAAAUGCAACUUUAGUGAGUUUAGAUGUAUUAAUUUUAUUCUGGCUUUAACAGGCAUGCAGCACUGCAGAUGCUUUCUGAUAACAAAAUAAAACAGGAACGAGAUCCAUGCAGAAUAUUAUAUUAGAACCUUGAAAAUAAGGUUCAGAUUUAUGUGCCAACUUUUAAAAAUUAUUCCCGAUAGCAGGCAUUGUACAUUUCACAGUUACCAUGUGGAGAGUUGUUAAUUUGGCUUUCUCAGAAAUACACCGAUGCCAUGAUGAGGUGUCAUUGUAUUUGCCUGCAUUCAAAUGAAAUUGAGUAAAAUUACUUCUGUUAUGCUUUUAGCUAUGAAAAGAGUUAUUACUGCUCUCUUGGUUACAACUAGAAUUUUGUACUUCCAAAACAGAAAUGGCUGGAACACAAGUAUUAAAAAUUGGCUUGUUCUGUUGGUUUUAUUAAAGGGAGUAGAAUUUAAAAACUGAAAUAAAUUGAUUCUUUGACAUUCAAAGGCAUUUGGGUUGCAAUCCUAUGUACACGUAUUUGAGAGUGGGUCACUGGGACCUGUUUCUACUUAAGGAUUGAGCAGUUAAUCCAGUAUUUUUGAAGGCUAGGAUAAUACUUCCAUCUUUAAAACUAAAUCUAAAGUUGUCUGGUUUAUUCAUUGGUGGCUAUCUAGUCUUUUAUAUAUUGCAUGUGUUUGGAUUAUCAAUGUAUAUGGGUGGCUUUGUAUAAUUUUAUAAUUUUACUGUUUUAACUUAUGCCAGUAAAGGCUAGUAGUAGUAGUAGUAGUAGUAGCAGUAAUAGUACUUCCUUCUCUCACACACAAUUCCUUAAGAUGGGUACUACUAGAUUAAAAUUACAGUUAUUGUGAAAUAAUUAUAAAUACAAAAACUGAUUAAUUAACUCCACCCACAGCCAGGAAAUACAUCUAUGACUGACAAAAGAGCAGCAAGUAAGUGUCUGAUACUAGAUUGCUGUAAAAUUAGGCAAUCGGUCAGAUGUGCUCUCAAACCUUGCCAUACUCUCUUUAAAAUAUGGAAUGAGAAGUAGUAUUGUAGAUUUUGAAUGUGGAAUUUGUAUUUAUUUCUUCUUUUGCUUCCUCCUUGUUGGGGUAUGUAAGCCACUUAGAGAUUUCUGCUGAAAUACAAAAUGGUAUAUAAAUAAACUAAACAAAUAUAAAUAAAAAUAUAUAAAUAAGACAGAGGAGGGUGGUAUCACUAACAAAGCUGGUAAUACCUCUUGAACACCAUAAGCAUCAUUUGCAACUUUUAAGCUUCCAAAUUAGAUUAGAUUCCAUCUUCCCAAGACAGAUUAUUUUCUAAUAUUAGAAACCUUGUUUUGCCUUUCCAUCUGCACUUCUGGUUAAAUCGCAUGGAAAUCAAUGAAUGAAGUUAUUUAUGUUCUUCAGCUAGAUGCUCCUUAUUUCUUAAAAUGCCUGAUAGUAUGCUACCCAGUUCACAAACUUCAUUAAAACGUACUCGGGGAUGCUCUUCUUUAAUUUAUCGAGGCCAAGAUACAAGUGCUCAAUAGCUUCACUGUUCUGUCCUAUCACAAACUGAAAUAAUUCCCCCAGUGCAGAUCAGGUGAGAUCUUUUCCUCAUUGUGUGGAUACCACCUAAUCAAUAAACGUUCUUCAAAAGCUAACCGCCACCCACUAUGCAACAGUGUGUGCUCUCUUGAUGGCACCUCUGUAUCAGAUAAUGUACAGGAACUGUUAACAUAUGAAUUCAGUCUGUUCCCACCUUUGAUGCUACUUCACUCUUUUGCUAAAGAUUCAAUUUCAUUAGAGCCAGUUUAAAUCUGAGUCAUUUAUGACAGGACUGAACUGACUGAGAUCAGUUCCAGAGGCCUUGCUUAUAUGCCUGUUAGUAGUGGUGGUUAGGAAGGCCAAUACGAAAGAUGGGCCCUUUGUUCUUAGUCGAAUUCCUUCCCUUUCUCAAUCCUUCCCCCUAUUGGUACGAUUGUCUCCCUUGCUGUUCUCUUUUAGAUAAUCCCUGAAGAUGUUUCAUUUCAGUCUGCUUUUAAUUAAGAGGGUAGGUUAAUAUAUUUGUUAUUGUAUAUUUUUCAGUGGCUCCGAGUUAGGACUCUAUAGAUUUUUGACUAGCUUGGAAUAAAAUGGUUUAUACGAAUGAUUUAAUAUUCGAAUGGUCAAUUUUGAUAUUUGUUUUUCGGUGAUUUAUUCUGCAUCACUUUGGGGAAAUAGUUACCUUUUCAGAGGCUACCAAGGAGUUAAGUUUCUUAAACAAAUUAAAAAUGGCCUUACAAAGCUAAGAAUGCACCACACUCAGGACCGCAUAAGUCCAUCAUUGUUUAGCAGAAAUCACAUCAAUGCCAUCUGAGGAGAGGGAUUGGCUAAUUGGUAAUGUACUGUCUCAUUUUAUUACAUGGCACAGAAUCUAAAGCAGUGAAUUGUUUAAUACUAAAUGGAGCCCGUGUGAAAGACAGACUGCUGGAUGUGGACUGAGAAUGUUUAGAUUCAAAUCCUUUCUGAACUUCACUGAACUUCACCUCAUAACAAUCACUCUCUCUCUCAGCCUAGCCUACCUCACAGGGUUGUCAUAAUUAUAAAAUGGGAAGAUGUGUGAGAAACAGAUGUGAUAAGUUAAGUAAGCUUUUAGAAGUAUAGGCAGUGCUGAAUCUUUUCUGAAGGUAUUUUGAAGCACUGUUCCUGGAGCAGCAUUGUAGAUUUGUAGUAUUUUCCCUCAUCACCUGAAGCUAGUGGUAUUUAGUAGACUUCCAAGGGGCUAUAUGUGGCCUUUACUUGUCACCUUCUCUGUUCCCUUUACUCCCUGCUGCCUUUUGAAACUUUUAAAAACCCAAAAUGUUUUAUAUCGCAGUGUCCAAAAAAGCUGCACUUGAUAUGCCAAAGGCAUAUUAUAUUACUGCUGACUUUUAAAAUAUUGAAAAGGUUUGCCAAAAGCAAACCCUGUUGCCAAACCUUAAAGGGAAAAGACACAUACAAAAGACAUGGUUGCCUUUAGCUAUCAGCAGCAUGCAAAGGUGCCAUCUAAUCUUUCAGAGACAUCAUCCUACCCCCAAGGCACAUUUCAGCUCCCAGCAACAAAUUCUGUCAGUUCCUGUCAUUAAAUCAGUGUUCUGGAUGACAAUAGACUUCAAAAUAUGCUAAAACUGGAUAGGAGCAACAAAAAGACACAUCUGGUAUGUAGGCUGUGCCAAAGUGCCCUUCUCAACUAAAACCAAGCCAGCCAGAGCUAUUUUCUCUUGCCCCAAAGUACUGUACUUUCCUUUCCUACCAUCAUAUAUAUUUUUUUGAAACAAAGUAGCCGCUGAAAUGAUUUUGGACAGGAUUGCGUAAUGCUGUGGAAAUCUUCCUAAGAGCAGUGCUGUGGAGUGGAGCGUGUUGCAGUAAGAAUACUUUGCCAUACAACACCCUAGAAAACCAGGGUUAAAUGGAGUCUGAGGUGUCUUGCUAUCAUGACAGUUGAUCUCUUCAGGCCAAGGAGAAAACGUUUUGAUAGGUGUCGUAAGAGUCUGCAUUUCAUGGUGCAUCUGUUCUGUCAUUUAAUCUCUGGAGCUGUUAGUCCGACAUUGUGAACCACCCCUUUUAGCAAAAUCGGGAGGGUCUUACACUUCUAUAAAUGCAUGAGUGUGGGAAGGAGGAAAGGUUAUCUUGCAUUUCCUCCCCUGUCUCAUCAUGUUCACAAUCGCUCACUUCGUCAUUCCUUUUCCAUUGCUGCCUGCAAUAAAUUGGGUCUAGAUCUCACAACCCCUGUUUAGGCUGGUUUUAAUUUUACGGUGAUAUUCCAAGUUGCUCCUCCGCUCCUGGCGAGCGUCUCUUUGUUUUGAUCCCGUUGCACCAGGAUCCCUAUUCUUCUGAGCUGCCAUAUUUUGGGAAUGAUGGGAAGUCCCUUUGGGGAAUUUCCUCCUUUUUUUAACUUAAUUUUUAAAAAAUGCCUUACUCUUCACACUCACUCUCUGCUCCCGACGAUGCCAUCUGCUAUGCUCUCUCCUUCCAUCUCUGUUCAGCACUGGCUCCUUCACACCCCACUCCCACGCCCCUUCCCAUCUCUCUUAAUUUGCCCAAAAGGCCUGCGCUUGAUCUCUUUAAUGUUUGUGUAUGAAAGCCCACAAAAAAGAGGGGGGUGUCACAGCUUCGAGGAGGUGCUUCCCCCUCCCGCCCCCAGAUUGAGUCUAGUUCUCUGUGAACCCAACACAUGGAAAGUGGAAGCCCAUGUGCAAAUUUCCUCAGAAAAGCUAAUAGAGGUGAGUUUUCAUUGGAGUUUGAAUGUCUGGUGAACAGCUUGCUGCCUUUCUACAUCUUUGUGCACAUGUUAUGCAUGCAUAUUAGCAAGUCAUCUUUGUCUUGAGCAGGGAAGAGCUUCAACAAAAUUGCUGUCUGUCUUUGCAGCUCCGUUACUUUGUGGCUUUCUUUCGGAAAGAAUAUUGGCUUCAUCACAUGUGCGCAGCAAAUGCUUUCGCUCCAAAUGGUGAAUCAUCUUAACUGUAAAUUACCCCCAGCGCAUAAAGUUCAAAUCAUGCAGUCAGCGCUCUCAGUAAAAAGUACCUCAGUAAUAAAAACAACUCUCAAAGUCUGAAGGGUGUUUGUCAGGGUACAGCUGAUUCAUUUAAAAUCUCUGUCAUGUUGCAUACCUUAUUCCUCAAAGUUCCUUCCUUGAAGGAUUUGUCUUCACUUUCUAAGACAACCGCGUUUGAGAGAUUUAGAUGUUUCCAGGGAGGUAGGGAUGCAACAUUGCCGGGUAUAACGUAUUUUUGAACACCCAUUGCCAUGAGUGAGAGCUAUCUCAUAUACAGUAAAAAAAAGGAGGUAGGAAAUGAAACGGCCCAUGGGUACCAGGAAGAGCUGCAGAAGAACGUUCAUCCUCAGGACACCCACAGCAGAGAUCCUUUCCAGCCAACAUACAGGUGCACAUUUGUGUCUUGAGACUUGUAAAGAGCUUUUGAAGCUUUGACUCCUUUUGGUCAUUAGUUGACUCUCACGUACCUGUGACCAAGAGACAAAGGAAACUAUUUAAGAACAAGAGCAGAUUCAAGGAGCUGGAAUGGAAGAAGCUGGUUUCAGUGGUGACACGUGUCAAGAAAUCUAAUACCCCAACCCUACAUAUAUAUUUUUUUAAAAAAUGUUUGCUAGCCACAAAAUGCUGGUUCAAUAAUGAAGACUUAAUUCUGGGAUUUCUUUUUACUUUCCCCAAAUCCCUUGAAAAUAAUAAAAGUUAUAAAUAUAAAAGGGGCCCGCAAGGAGCACUGGAAUGUCUGUCUGCAUUGGUGGCAUAUCCACAAUGCUAGUAUAACAACAGUUGUUCUGGCUACACACCUCUAUUCUUAAGCACUUAACUUAUUCAAUCGAUCAGCAGAGCCUUCAAUUCCAAUAAAAUUGUAACUUAUUGGAUAAACUGUUUCGAUAGUUGUUUUUUCUUCUUGCUCAGUCAUGCAUGAACCACUUUCCUGUGCAGUGUCUUCUUCUUGUUGAUAUAAUAGCUUUGUUGAAGUAUGUGAAACAGCUGAUCCCUGUAUGCAAAGCCACUGCUGAAUGGGGAAAUCAGUUGCUGGAGAAUAGCAAAAAAAUGCUUUUCAUAAGAUUAUUGGAACUAACACACCAGUAAAGAUACUCAUCCAAAUUGUUGCUGGUUUUUUGGACAUUUUUAGGGUUUGUACAUUUUCUCAAAACUUUACAAUUUCUGUGAAGUGUCUUGCUUACCAAGUAUAAUAAAAUCAGACACUGGUCAGAUGGAGUUUUGCCAAAAUCAAAGAAGGUAUUUAUUGGGAGACCAAGUGAUGCAAAUUUAUCUUUUAGGGCAGGGAUACACUAACCGAGUGUAUCCUCUCUUGAGAGUCCCUCUCAUGCAUCCCUGUCUUUCUGGAGAUGUCAGUCCUUAUGCACCAUGGUCCUAAGCAUUUUAGGAUUUUAAAGGUGUUAACUAGAAUCUUGAACUAAGCUUGGAAACAUACACGAAGCUAAUGGUGCUGAUCUAAAAAGAGUAUUAUGAUUUUAAAGCCCUUGUUCUUUCCUUAUCUUAUCUUAUCUUCUCUUUAGAUUGUAUAUUACUUGGGACAGUGAUCUGUGAUUUUUUUAUGCCUCUUCUGUACAGGUACCAUGUACAUUGAUAUCACUUAUUGUCAGGAUGCUGUCAGAGGCUCCCAGCUGGUUGCCCAGGAAGGUAUAAAGACAAGGAAAAGUUUCUUACCAUCCUAUUUUAUUUCAAUCUUUGCAGAGAGGGGCUAUAGAACUCAGCCUCUUGGAUAAUGGCGUUGUCCUGAGUGAAUCUCCACCCCACCCACCGUCUCUCCCACUUCCUCAUUCGUCACUCUCAUCGUCUUUUCUACUCAUGCUGCCACAUGCCCUCUGUCUUUGAGCUCUUUUCUCUCCUACUUUUAAGGCUCUCCAGGUUCUGGGAGAUGGAGGGUCUGGAAUGCUUUCUAAUGACAACGUGUCAACUGGGUGUUGUUCUGGUUGUCCCAUGAUUUCCCAGCUUUCCCCCUCACCUACCUCUGAGCUGUGAUCUCCUUCAAACCUGUGUUGUAAAUCUAUACCAGAGGUUGGCAAACUUAGGGCUGUGGGCCGGAUCAGUCCCAAUUGCCCUCUGGAUCCAGCCUGCGGACAGUUCUGGAGUCACCGCUUGGAUCGGCGCGAUCGCCAUUUUAAAAAACAUUUUUUCAAGCAACAUUUUUUUCGUGAUUUCCCCCCCCCCACACACACACAUACACUGCGGCGGCCCCUCCUCCCUUCCUCUUCCUGGCUUCUCCCCUCCCUGCGGAGGAAGGGGGCUGGGCUUUAAUAGGAAGCCUCGCUGCCUGCCAAGGGAAAGCUGGCACAGAAAGGAGACCACUGCCACCAGCUCCCAACUGCAAGCAGAGCGGCGGAGAAGGUAGGCAGGGGGAAGGGAGGGCUGGGGGAGAGAGAAAAGUCCUUUCCGUCGCAUGCAUGCACAGUCAGGCCCACCAAAAGGACUGGGGGACGGUGUACAGCCCCCUCCCAAAAAAGUUUGCUGACCCCUGAUCUAUACUGUCUUCCUCUUCUUCCUCCCUGGAAGGGUCAGGAUGGGGAGGCGGUCUCCAACAUUCCUGCUCUGCCCUGUCCCUGACACUUAUACAUUACUUACAGCAUGUAUGGCUACAGAAGUAUUUUGACUUCCAUGACUCCUUUUUUUUUUUAAUCUGCUUAGCGAUGCAUUCCAGUACAUGUUUAGUCAGAAGUAAGCCUUACCGAGUUCAAUGGGACUUAUUCCCAGCUAAGUGUGUUUAGCACAGGUGGGGAAACAUUCAGCGUGUGUGUUAUAUUCCCUCAUGGCAGCUGUCUGGGAUCUGGGUGGGAUAAUGGGUAGGAUAGGAUACAGAGGGUGGAACAAUGGGUGUGACUCUUGCCUUUGUACAGUAGUGUCAGGGACUGGAUAGAGGGGGAAUGGUGGAGGCCGCCGCCCUAGCCUGAACCUUCCAGAGAAGAGGAAGACAGUAUAGAUUUACAACAGUGGUUUGCGGGGGGUCACAACUCAGAAGCGGAUGAGGGGAAAAGCUGGGAAAUUGUGGAAAAGCCAGAACAGCUGGCUGACAAGUUGUCACUAGUAAGCAUUCCGGACACCCCCCUCCCAGAACCCAGCAAGCAUUGAAAGUAGGAGAGCAAAGGGCUCAGAGACAGAUGGCCCUAAGCGGCCACUGUAAGGUGGGUGGUGCUGUUGACGAAUGAAGAACUAGGAGAGAAGGGGGUGGAGAUUUACUCAGAGCAACACCAUUACUCCAAGAGGCUGCAUUUCUAAGCCUCUCUCUGUGAAUAUUGAAUAAACAACAUUGGUAAGAACUUUCCUUGUCUUAGCCAUUCCUGGCAACCUACCAUGGGGGGUUGGAUCCUCUGACGCCUGACAGGUAGUCUACAUUCCACGCAUGGAAAAGUCAGGGAUUUCCACACAUAUGUAUCUCUCCAUCUUUUAUCCAACAAGCAAAAGUAAUUAUUGCAGUCCACAGACCCAUUCUAGCCAGACCAAAGCAUUUGAGGAGGACAUGGAAUAGGGCUGGUGCAGGGAGUGGCCUGAGGGAAAAGGAUGUUGCCACAGGAGUGGCCCGGAGAGAGUUCUGAGGGCCAGAUAAAAGAGACCUGGAGGGCCCGUUUGGCCUCCAGACCUGACAUUCCUCGCCCCAGUAUAUAAUAUUGCAGCUUUGUUGCAUGUGUGUGAAUUCUGGUGCUUCAUGUGUUGCAGGAUAUAAAAACAGCAGGGAAAAAGCUACAGUCGAGAGACCACUUACUUCUGCACCCUGACAUUGUUAAUCUUGAGGUAAGCCUAAGGCCAAACUCCCAGCUUUCCAUAGUCUUUAAUGCAAACUUUUAAGCCAAAGAUUGCCAACAUAGUGACCUCCAGAUGGCAUUGUGCUCCAACUGCUUUCAUUCUUGACCAUUGGUCAUGAUGGCUGGGGCUGAAGGGUGAGCCCAUCGACAUCUGGAGGGCAACCACAUUGGCUACUGCUACCUUAAGCUCUUCAUGAUGUUGUUAAAUGACAACAUGGUUUUAAAAUGCAAUCACUGCUGUGCCCCUGGUGCUCUGCAGCCUCUUCGGAUGAUUUCAUUAUAUUUAAGAUUCUUUACUGGAAUAGAAAUGCAGCCUCUAAUACUCCAUUAGUUGGACGUUAAAUUCUAUUUAUGUUAUGUCACAGUUUGCGUUUCCAAUACAUUGUACACUGCUGUUUUCAGAAUCCAGAACAUAUUGGGAUUCAUGAGGUUCAAAGCUGUAUUUCCAUUAUCACUUGAUUCAUAUUUUGGCGUUUUCUCAGUAGAGUUUCAACAUUGUCCCCUCACCCGCACUGUGCUGUAUUUCAAAAGUUCUCCAAACUUAAAGGAGUACAUCCAAGACACAGUAUGACUGAGGGAACAAUCCUCUGCCUUUGUCCUAAUGUCCAGGUUUCUCAGAGGUGGUCAAAUAACCUCAGAAACUGAGCAAUAUAGAGACAACCACAGACUUCCUCCUGAGAGUUGGCUGGGCACUUUGCAGGCUCUCUGACACCCAGAGACAAGGCUCUACUCCUCUCACUCUGGGUCUUAGUGACUAUAAAUUCGGAUGGCUAAAGCGAGAGCAACUUUGCAAGCCCUAGACAUUUUCAAUUUUGUUCUGAACCAUGUUGCCAUUAUUUUGGUGUUGUGGCUUUAUAACACAUAAAACAUCCUCAAACUAUUUUAACCCAAUUACCUCAAAAUCCUUUAAAAUCCUUGUAUUUAUGUACCUGCCAGACCUUUCUAGCAACUACAUAGUUAAAAUGUUUUAGAUAAGGGCUUUAUUGUUAAGAAUUCUGGGAAUAACCUUGUGAUUCUGAAAAAUAUAACUCCUGCGUAUAAAUGAAGGAAACAAUUAUAACGUUCAAGGAUUACUAUUCUAAUACAUUAUUCACCACAAGAGGGCACAUCCAAUCAUUGCAAUUUUACUCCAGGCAUUGAAAUCCUUCCAGCCUCCAUUAUAUUGUAUAAUUGAGGGAUUUGAGAAUUAGCACCAAAGUAGUUUGGCCUUUUCUAAAUUACUUCACACGUAAAACAGGCUUUAAUGACACAUUUUAUGUUUGGAUUGUUUUGUGAUGGGCUGGUAAACAAAGUAGAUUAUGUUGUGAAGCCAAGUUAAAUUGCAUAUUGUGUUAUGUCUUUUCUAGACUCUUUACUGGGCAAAAGUAGAAGAAUCCAUCCCUAAGUGGGAGCCAUUUUUUUUAGGAAGAACACAAGCCCCUAUCGGGGUUAGAAAAAUCAAGCCAACAAAGCAAAACACAGGUCCCCCCAAGAGAUAA